AUGUCAGUUCAAUUAGAAGAUAUAGUCACAUCAUUAAUUUCAAGUGCACCACCAACAGAAUUACCAGAAGUCAUUAAGAAUCUAAAAGUAUUAUCAAAAGAUAUAACUAACUCCACAAUUGAAAAUUCAAUAAAUGAAUAUUUGAAAACUCAUUCAAUUAUAAUUGACGACUACAUCAUUAACUCACAAAAUAAAGAUUCAAAUUCUUCAAAAUAUAUUGAUUAUAUAAGAAAUGAAAAAUUUAACUUUGAUUUAGUGAAUGAGAAAAUUAUAGAUGUUGAAUCAUAUGAUCAUGAUAUUUCAAUUCCAAAAGAUUUAAUUAUUAAAUUAGAAAAAUACGGAAACGAUUAUUACGUCGAUUUUAACUUUACAAUAAUUCCAACAGAUGAAAACAAUUAUAAAAUAAUCAUUAUAGGUGAAAAACAAAAUCAAGAAAAUUUUUAUACUGGAUCAUGGCAAAGCGAAUAUUCAAUCUCAAACAACAGAAUAACAGGUAAAAUCAACUUAGACAUACAUUAUUUUGAAGAAGGAAACGUAAGAUUAAAAUUCACCGAAUCCUUGAGUGAUUCAAUCAAUUCAUCAACCACUAGUAAUGUUAUAAAUUUUAUAAAUAAUUCGGAAAAUGAAAUUGAAGAAAAAAUUAUACAAAAUUUUACAAAUUUAAAUCAAAAUUCUUUUAAAAAUUUAAGAAGAUUAUUGCCUGUUACUAGAUCUAAAUUGAAUUGGGGUUCUGCUAUUGGGAAUUAUAGAUUGGGUUCUGAUGUUGUUAAUAAAAAGUAA